GACGCGGGGGUGUGAGGAAGUGCUGUUCCUCCGCUCGGACCGCAUAACGUUGCGCUCGGUCUUGGUAUUUUACAGUUUGUUCUAACGGUGCUCAGCAACACUCCUAGCGGCAUUGAAUAGCAGCUGAGACGUCCUGCGAGCGCCUACAGUUUAACCGUUUAUACGUAUGCGAGGCAGAAGCAUAUAUUUAGUGAGUAAAUAAAGUGAAAUUCCAAGCGUCUCGUGACAAUAGAGACGAAACUCAUUUCCUUCAGUGUUGACAGCGAUAAACUGCAGAAGUGACUCGAGUGAACAAUCUAGACACCAAGCUUUCCAGGCGAAGUGUCUGGCGAAGCGUCCGGGUCGCCACAGAAAGCAGGGGCUCGGCUGUGCUUAGGGAAGCGGAAAGCCUAAGACAAUUAGGAAAGUACUCCUUCCAACUUCUCCGCCACGAGAAACGGACAGUGUGUAACAGUGUAUUGCCUUAAUACAUCAGUGACUGAACGAAGUGUGUACGUACGUGGCGAGCAGGUGGGUCACAAGUUGCCAGAGGAUGUGGACGUCGGAAUAGAUAAGCUUUGGCUGGACCAGUGCUUCUCCGGAGUACCGAGGCAGCACCAGGACACGUCAGCGAGGGGUUGGGUUCCUUCGAGACGUCACUGUGGCCACCGGCUGAGGAGGGCGGCUCGGGAGAAACGGCCAGCUCGAAAUCGGCUCAAGUGUGGUUCUGAUCCGAUCCAGUUAUGAAACCACUUCCCACAAAGUGAUAUUGGGAAGUGAGAGGAAUUGGUCAACUGUGAAAUGCCUUUUGGCGAGCCUGAUUCUGUGAGACUCAAGGAAAUACAAAGUGUUCCUAAAUGCAAGAGCGAAUAAGUUCAGGAAAAGUUACGGCAGCUCGCACGCCCCUCGGACCAACCACCAGGAUGCGCGGCACAGGACUGGUGGGGGGAGGCUACUGGGGUGGGGGGGCGACCGUGGAGGACGAGGAGGUGGACGUCGAGGCCCAGUUCGCAGCCAUCACGCCGGGCACCCAGCACGCGGCGCAGCGCAGGGCGGGUGAGGCUGAAAAUGGCGGCGAAGGCAGCGGUUCCGACUCCCAGAGUGAGAGCGGAAUCAGCAGCAGCGGCGGCAGCAGCAUGAGCGUCGCCGGCAGAAAACGGAAGAAGACCAACCUGAGCGGGUCGACGGGGCCGUCGAGGCGCGGCAAAAAGAGAAGGUCCGGGAUUUCAGCCAGAGAGAGAAACCUGCGGCGGCUGGAGAGCAAUGAGAGGGAGCGGAUGAGGAUGCACUCGCUCAACAAGGCUUUCCAGGAGCUGCGCGAAGUCAUUCCCCACGUGAAGAUGGACCGACGGCUGAGUAAAAUCGAGACCUUAACUCUGGCGAAGCAUUACAUUAUGGCCUUGACCAACACCGUUUGUGAUAUGAGAGGCGACGAGAAACCUUACAAAUUUUUAGAUGCUUUCGUUAACCAAGAUGACAACCCGAAUGACGACAUUGGAGAAGACGCGGAGGACGAUGAAGAGGACGAAGACGAGGAAGAGGAAGAAAUGGAAGAAAUCAAUAACAAUGAAACUACACCCGUGUACUAGCAGCAAAGCGCCCAGAUUCCGUUGGAAACCCAAGCCAGCUGCGUCCCACGGGAGCCGCAGUCGGUCCGAUGGCUUACGGUUUCUCAGUCAUUAUGAAGGGAAUUGGAAAUACUGCGGGGUCGGGGCAUGGCAGUCCCCGUCACACACGAUGAUUAUCUUUCACUCGGGACCAAGCAUUCCAUGUUACAAUGUUUUGUUGAAUGUAAUUAAGUAUGUUGAUGUAACUCUCGUGCCCCGACCCCAGUCCGAAAAUGUGCUUAGGUAAAUUAAUUAAAUAUUUAUAUAAUAUGGUUCUUCUGUUAAAUGUGGUUGCUGUUGAAUACACACGAGGAUUUUGUGGCAGAAGAUUGCAAAACACGCGUGACAUCCAUCUAACAGAAAGUGAUGCAGUGGACCAUGGCAAUUGUGCAAUACGGAUACUCAAGGUACCAAAUACUUUUCACACUUCGAAAGCAGUGACAUCGUGUACCACAAGUUCUCUCAUUUUUAACUUCCUGCACAAAUAUGAAAUAUAGUAGGAUAUCAAACGACUGAGAACAGCACUAAAACACGUCCUACUUCUACGAGAGAUACACCACGAAUGAAAAUAUAUAUAUAUAUAUAGUGAGGCAGUGUCACAUUGUAGAAAUAAUGUUGUGAAUCAAAACUGUUGUCCAAACCCCCCAAGAGUGAGCUCUAGUGAUUGUGAGGUGAAUAUGGUUUGAGAUGUAGUGCUGCUACAUGGUUUAACUUAGUGUAUUUCUUUCGAUCCACUGUCAACUAAGAGAAAACCAGAGAAAACACUUAGUUAAGGAAUAAAGAUGAAAGAUUUUUUCUCAGAAAGGAAGAGAAGAAAAUGCGAUGAAUAGCAAAGUAUAUUAAUUUUGGCUGAUAUUCAGUUCAUCAUUGGAAGCUAUCGCAGGCUGCUCAAGUAGAGUUCAUUCAACAAGCAACGUCUUCCAUGAUUCCUUCCACAAACAGGCCCUUACAGUUUUCGACGGAUCCAUGCUGCUGCUGUUUUCAGUAGCGAGCAAGAUAUUUUGGGACAUUUCUCCUAAUACAAUUUAAAUCAUACAAUGCAUCGUAAUGAACAUGAUGACCUGAAUAUCCAAUUUACUUUUUGUACAGUUUCCUUCACUUCUUAUUUACCAGCCAUGACGUAGGUCCUGUUUGGCAGUUUAAUUUGUCACUGAGGACCAAGUUACUUGUAAUUCAUUCCUUUAAUUUUUAAUAGCACUGCAUCACAGAUCUUAUUUUUAUUUUGCUGUACUGUAUUAUGCAGUGGACUGUAUAGAGUUAUGGAAAAUUUAAAGGGAUUUCUUUGUCAAUGGUAGUGUGAAUAACUUUGAUAUUGUGUUUUGUUUUUUAAAUAUUUUUGAUGGCUGCAAAAUGUUCCAUGGUCAAUCUUAGGCAAAAUUGCAGAUCCGUCUGUAGCAAAACCCACUUUCAUGAAAUGGGUGAAUUAAUUCAAAUGAAGUGUACUACAAAAGAAAGCAAUCUGAUAUGCAUAAGUUCACAAUUCUGCCUUUUAACUGCAACAUAUGCACCAUCAAAGCACUGUAUCAAGUAGUAGAAUUCUUCAAGCAGUUUGAAAAUGUGCCUUACCGAUUUUUGUAUCCCAUGUCCGUUUGCCUCUUCACUGGUUGUGGGAGAUAUGCCUUUUGAAGUAUUAUGCUUUGUAGCAAACAAAUCUGCCUUUUUUUUUUUACAUGGUUGGCCUAUAGAAUAUUAUUCUGGUUAACUAGUUUCAGAAUAGCAUACGUGAGGGGUCUUUUGAAGUUGUAAUUUAAAUCGAUCAUUGACAUGGUAUAUCAGAAUAAAAUUAUAAUUUUGUGUAUCUGGCCUUAGGUAUAUGGUUAUAGUUUCCCAUUCAAUUCAUCUCAGUCAGUCAUUCCAUUUUUCAUCACAUCAUUUAUUUUCUCUUAGGUUCUGCUCAUUCCUUCCUUCAUUUCUGAAUGAUAAAGCAUAGCUGAAAUUGCCCUUCUAAAUUUCUAAAUCAUCACUGCAUGACAAUUGGACCACUUAACUAUGAAAGUCACAGGCCAAUAUCAUUGCAAGCUCAAAGUUUUCAAAGUUUGACCCUUGUUUAGUCAUAAAUCCUUUUAAAAUGUUGACAAAUGGUGCCUUAGGAAAACCUUUUUUUAUACUUAAUGUGUGCACACAAUAUCAUGACAGUAUUAAGUAGCUUCACACUAAAUCUUGCUCCUUCCAAAUCCACCUGCUUAGCAAUUGUAUCCAGCUUGAAUAAUGAGUUUUGUUUUCAUAUUUAAUUUUCAGCAUGAGUGGGAAAAUGUGCACAUAGAGAGUUCUUACAAGUGAAACAAUUUCCAGUAAACCCUGUUAAAAUCCAAAUUUGGUGGAAGGCAUAUAUUCUUUAUUUUAUUCAAAUUUAUCAAAUGCUCUGUAUCAUGUCUGGAAAAAGUAUGGGUCUGAACUUGGAAAUUGGACAGUCAUUGUAUAUGAGAGUAAUAUAUAUUUUAUUGUUUAUGUUCUUUGCCUUAUGGACUACCAAAGAUUGAACAUAGAAAAAUUAUAGCCAUUUGUUAGAAAUGCUGGAUAAUCCAUGUAUGUAUAUUGUACUUUCCAUUUAUUGCACAGUAAAUUUGAAGCAAUGCAAAAAAUGGUCAUGAAGGCAGAGACAGUAUUGCAAAGUUAAUAUAUUGCAGAUAUUUUUAUCUUUAUAAUAAAAUUUAUUGUAAGAGGUAAUAA